AUAAAUGGAUGUAAAACAGUCCGAGAUGAAAUUCCCGGGUCGAAAAUAUCAUCACACUGAGGAGCGAUGUGCAGCAAAAUAUCAUCAUCUCCAUGGAUACUGGGAACAUCAAAAUUAUCAGUUUAUGAGAACCAAACACGCCCUUAUUUCACACACACACUCGCUACUAAGACUAAGAGCAGCACUUCAGUUAAUCCUACAAUUUGUGGAUUGGAAUCAGGAUCAGAUGACUAUAAAUUUGUCUUGCACGAUGCUCUUGAUUCUUCUGGCAACAAUACAACUCAUGCUCGGGCUGCGAGGGAUGGUUUCUGCUCACAGGUCAAAAAAUUGACAGUGGUGGAGAGGGAAACAAGUAUAGCUACAAAUAGGAGGGUGGAUUUGGCGAGAACAGCCCUUUAUAUAGCGGCAGAGGAUGACUCCCUUAUCUCGCAUUCUUCUGUUCCACUUCCUGUUGAAGCUUUUCUUGAGAGACUAGAUGAUCUUUCCAUGGGUUACUGCUCACACUUUGGCUCUUCAUUUCAGUCCUCACCGGAGAAUUUUCUUGAAUGUAUGGAUACAUACUUGUAUAUUAACAAGGCUUUCUGCAGACACAGUUCAAAAAAUCCAUCUGAACAGCGCACCCUUUAUCUUCACUCUGUUUUGACACAUCGUUUAGGUUCUGCCGCUAUGCUUUCCCUUGUUUAUGCUGAGAUCUUGAAAAUGUUUCGGAUAUGGGGUAUAUUAAACUUUGAUGUUGAAAUUUUCUUUCCUCAUGAUUCUAGUAGCAAUCCUAGAGGCUAUAUUAAGCAGAAAAGUAAAGAGUCUGAUCAAGCACAUAUCAUGACAACAGAAUCCUUAUUGGUGAAGGAACUUUUUAGGUGUGAUUGUACAAGGCCAAGACAUAUUGUGGUGGGCACCAUAGCUCUGUGUGGACUACAAAUUAUCUUCAGUAAAUUCUUCACCAAGUGUAUCUUUAUCCUGACAGAAUUAAAGGUAGCUUUUUGGCCGUUCCAGCUUGAUCAAGAUAAGAGUUUAUUUUUAAGGGCAGCAGAAGCUGCUAACUGCUCUCGUAGGUCAAGGAAUGUCAAUGAAAGUGCCUCUGAGCUUGCCUCUGUCAAGGCUGCACAACAUAGGUUAGAACGUGGAGUUUGGACCAGUGUACGGUUUGGAGACAUGAGGCGUGCUCUAUCUGGUAUGUACUCUAUCUGGUUAUUAGAAAGAGGGGAUUCCUUUCCAUGUGAGCACAGGCACAGAUUCAUAUAUUAGUCUGAACCUUCCGCAGCUUCUUUGAUGUUUAGAUUACUAAAUUGUGCAACUUCUGUUUCUGAUGUAGUUACAGGCUCUAUCUACUAUUAAUAAUACUACUGCAUUCCUGAUAGCAGGCUUGUAAUAUUUUGUGUUUGAAUUCUAUUCUUUGAUGUUAAAAAUAACUCCAAGUAUGCAACUUCAAGUGAGAGGCAGACUAAUUUUGUUGUUGAUAAUAAGACUGUUAAAUUUUAUUGCAAGUAGUGGUCAGCAUUCGAUCAGACUGACAUAUUUUAUUAGUACUAUUAUCAGUAUCAUUUACCAAGUACAGGAACUGGUUAAUGACUGAAAAAUGGCAGUGAAGAUUAUGUGAUAUGCGGUCUGGUUUGAAAACUUGUUCUCAAUUCUAUGUAAUUCCUGUUUGGCAGCAAAAGAAUAUGAAGAUUUUAUCGAAAGAUAUAUAGUUGACAUUAGAGGGAAACGAAAGAAACUAAAACUAAAAACAAGAUUAGAAUUGAUUAAUAAUAACACAACAUACCAUUUUUUGUUACUGUUCAUGGAGCGCUAUCUGGGGGUUCUAUGUAUUAUUAUUGCACGGUGUUUUCUUUGUUAUCAGUUACCUGGUGUGUGUGCACAGUCCUUGUAUUAAUGAUUCAUCUCUAUACUCUCAUAAUUUUUUUGCCC